CAAAGUUCAGAAAUUCUAACAAAAAGGUUCAAAGAACAACAUCGAGUUUUGCAUUUGUUAUCGGUGCUUCAUGUCUUUCAAUUCCCUUUUAAUGUUUUUAAAAAGACAAAUAUUUUCUUAUGAGAUAAAAAAAAAAAAAAGCCGGAAAAAGUAAUGCAAAGAUGUUAGGAGAUUCUGGGCUCUGCUUGAGUCUGCGUUUUGCAGAUGCAGCAGCAACAAGAUGUGCGUAAAAUGGUGCGUAAUUCAUGCGGUCGUCAGGUUUCGGUCAUGACUGGAUGCUAAUUGGAGCAAUAGUAUUCUCUUUACCGUAAGGCAUUGCACUGCUACAUUCAUACAUUCAGGCUCACACACACACACACACACACACACACACACACACACACACGCACACACAUACUUUUGAGAAGCUGCGCGAGAGAGCUCCGCAGUCGUUGCGUCACAGAGGACACGUAACGGGACGGCCUGAGUCUAACCGGAGACUGCGGGUAAGCAGGGUCGGACUGAGCAGAGACAGCAGGACCACUCGCACCGAUACUUUCUGCACACUGAAGGCCCGAAAACUAUUGAUUCCUGCACAGUGUUGACACAGAAGACCAAAUAUAGAAAUGGUGUUCAGAGGCACAAUAACAGAUGCUCCGGACUUCGAUCCCAGUGCCGAUGCCGAGACGCUUUACAAUGCUAUGAAAGGCAUCGGUAGUGAUAAAGAGGCUAUCUUGGAUCUGGUCACCUCUCGAAGCAAUGCACAGAGACAAGAAAUCAUUGCAGCGUACAAGAGUAACUUUGGGCAGGACCUGAUUGAUGACCUGAAGUAUGAGCUGACGGGCAAAUUUGAGCGUCUCAUUGUCAGUCUGAUGAGAACCCCGGCCUACCAUGAUGCCAAAGAAAUCAAUGAUGCAGUCAAAGGAGCUGGAACAAAUGAGAGAUGUCUGAUUGAAAUCAUGGCGUCUAGAAACAACAAACAGAUACAUGAAAUGGUUGAAGCAUACAAGGAUGCCUAUGGCACAGACAUCGAGGAGGAUAUAAUCGGAGACACGUCCGGUCAUUUUAAGAAGAUGCUGAUUGUUUUACUUCAGGGGACCAGAGAUGAGUCAGGAGUUGUGGACGGAGACUUGGCGGAACAGGAUGCACAAGACCUGUAUGCAGCUGGGGAAGAGCAGUGGGGGACUGACGAGGCCAAAUUCAUCAUGAUACUGGGAAACCGCAGUGUGACCCACCUCCGCAUGGUUUUUGAUGAAUACGAAAAGAUUGCAGAGAUGUCCAUAGAGGACAGCAUCAAGAACGAACUGUCUGGGGACUUUGAGAGGCUGAUGUUGGCUGUUGUCCAGUGCAUAAGAAGUGUUCCCAUGUUCUUUGCCAAGCGUCUUUACAAGUCAAUGAAGGGUCUCGGUACAGCUGACAAUACCCUGAUCAGGAUCAUGAUUUCUCGCUCUGAACAAGACAUGUUAGAUAUUCGAGAAUGUUUCCGUCUCAAUUAUGAGAAAUCACUUUAUAACAUGAUCAUGGAUGACACUUCAGGGGAUUACAAGAGGACUCUGCUUAAUCUGUGUGGAGGAGAUGACGAUUUAGCUGGAGAGUUCUUCCCUGAAGCUGCUCAGAUAGCCUAUAAGAUGUGGGAAAUAAGUUCCACGACCAAAGUCAAGCUAAGGCCAACAAUCCGCCCUGCAUCCGAUUUUGACGCCGGUGCUGAUGCACAAGCACUGAGGAAAGCUAUGAAGGGAUUCGGAACCGAUGAAGAUGCAAUCAUCGACAUUAUUGCACACAGAAGCAAUGCACAGAGGCAAGAGAUCAGACAGGCCUUCAAAUCCCUACUGGGAAGGGAUCUGAUGAAGGACCUGAAGUCUGAACUGUCAAAGAACUUAGAGAGGCUGAUCAUCGGGCUCAUGUUGACGCCGGCUGAGUUUGAUGCCAAAAUGAUGAGGAAGGCGAUGGAGGGGGCUGGAACAGAUGAACAUGCUCUGAUUGAGAUCCUGGUCACCAGGAGCAAUGAGGAAAUACAAGCCAUGAACGCUGCCUAUGAGGAGGGCUAUAAGAAGUCUUUAGAGGAAGCCAUUCAGUCUGACACAUCAGGCCACUUCUGCCGCAUCCUUGUUUCUCUUGUGCAGGGUGCAAGAGAGGAGGGCCCUGCAGAUUUGGAAAGAGCUAAUGCGGAUGCUCAGGAACUUGCUGAUGCAUGCAACGCAGACUCUGAUGACAUGGAGAUGAAGUUCAUGAGUAUUCUAUGUACCAGGAGCUUCCCUCAUCUUAGGAAGGUGUUCCAGGAGUUUGUCAAAUGCAGCAAUAAGGACAUUGAACAGAUUAUCAAGAAGGAAAUGUCAGGAGAUGUGAAACAGGCCUUUUAUGCGAUAGUUCGCAGUGUAAAGAACCAGCCGUCUUAUUUCGCAGACCGUUUAUACAAAGCCAUGAAGGGCCUUGGUACAGACGACAGAGCGCUGAUCCGCAUCAUGGUGUCCCGUAGCGAAAUCGACCUUUUCAACAUUCGUAAGGAAUUCAAGGAAACACAGGACGUCUCCCUCCAUGAAUUCAUCCAGGUAGAGACUAUGAUUGGUGAUACAUCAGGAGACUACCGUAAAACCCUGCUGGAGCUCUGUGGAGGGGAAGAUUAAAAUUGUCACGUCUCUGCAGCUCCGUUCACAGACUUCGGUGACUGUAGUGGUUAAUGUCAGUAUCUAUUGUCACUGUCCCUAACUGCUGCCAAUCCUCAGCCAAACCAAGUGACCUAUGACCUCCCAGCCUUCCAAGCAAGUUUCCUGCUCUCACGUCUGAUCCUCCUGUCAGUCAGAUGAUGUCUUUCUUUCUUUUUUUUUACACAGUCAUAUGUAAUAUCGACAUGUUCACAUUAGUGUAGAAAGGUGCUUCACGUGUAAAGCAUUUUGGAGAUGUGGAAGUGCUCAAGCAGUGCCUUCAGAUUGCAGGCCAUCCAAUAAUUACUGUGAUUUUAAGGUAUCACACAUACCUGAAUAAAAUGAAUAGAAAAAUA